AGUCUCUUCUUAGCCAUCCCCCUGUACUUUGAUUAUUGUGAAAAUGACAUUCCCGAGAGAAGAAAUAGCAGAGCUAUCAGCUAACAAUCAGAAGAGUAGAUCAGAAGCAGAUAACAAUGAUUAUGGGGACACUGGGGAUGAUGAUUCAAAAGUGUGGCUUACCUUGGGGGUCGGCAGAAAUGAUGCUCUGAUGGCUGGAAACAAGGAGUCUCAACCAGAAUCUGCUUCCAACAAGGUCUUCUCAUGCAACUUCUGCAUGAGGAAAUUCUUUAGUUCCCAAGCACUGGGUGGCCACCAGAAUGCACACAAAAGGGAGAGAGGAGCAGUUAAAAGGUACCAAUCUCAGAGGAUGAUGGGAAUCAUGGGUUUGCCCCCAUGUAAUCCAUCUGUCCGAUCACUGGGAUUUCGGCCUCACUCACUUGUGCACAAACCAUUUAGAGAAGCUCCAACUAUGAUGGCUCGAUUCAGUGAUGCUAGCAAUGGGUUUGGUUUGCCCUGGACAUCAGUGGUCCCUGAAGAAGCAACAAAUUUAAUAUGGCCAGGAAGUUUUCGCAUGAACUCUCAACCGCCCUACUGCAAACAACCAUCAGACUACCCUCAACUCGACCUGGAUCUCCGACUUUGA